AUGUCUUUCAACAUAAAUUGGGAUACCAUCUGCAACGAUGAAAGUUUGGCCUUGUCUUUCCGUGAGUUUCUAAAUUCGAAACUGGAGACAGUCUCCUUGCCCCAAUUUUUAGCCAAUUUACAUGUGGUGGACUUUAAAUUCGGGAACACCGCUCCAAGUAUCACAAUACGUGAUAUAGAUAUACCUUUUCCCGAAUUUUAUGCAUCCGAGAAAACAGAAGAAGAGAAAGAGCAAAACGAAGAAGAAGGGAAAGGAGACAGCGAAGGUGAAGAUGGUAAGAGACUACGAAAUAAGAACGGGAAUUUGGUCAAUGGGAAAGCUGCAGACAAUACACAGGAGAUACCACAGUCUAUACCUAUGGGUUCCCGUCCAAUUUCUCCUUUCCUCAAUAACAACGUUGGUUUGGAUGGAUCACCAACAAGAACACCGUCGCCAAGUCCAUUUUUAAAUAAUACAAACUCCUUUUUGAUGCCUAGAACAAGUUCGGGCUUCACACCGACUUUGGGCCAUCUUGGUGUAGGACUUGGUGCAUUCGGAAUAGCAGGGGUAAAUAGUUUAGCAAAUGUGAAUCAAUAUGAAGUGAAUUUAAAUAACGGGAGCAGUGGUAGUAAUUUUGAGGAUGAAAGUGAGUACUUCCAACCUAUGCAGAAGGACAAUACUACGGAUUUUAACAACAUUCUGAAAGGUAUAUCAGGGUUGCGAGUAGAUGAAGAGGAAUCUCAUUCUUACCAAAAUAUGAUGUUUAUGGAUGAGAAAGAAAGUCACAGUGGUGAUGACCUCAAUUUUGAUAUUCAGUUGUCAAUCGAUUUUGAUUGGAAUUCGGAUUUGUACAUUGAAAUCACAUGUGAUUUACUAGUGAAUUAUCCAGCACCCGAAUUUAUAAGGCUUCCGGUAAGGCUCAAACUCACUGAUUUGAAGAUACACUCCCUUAUAGUUGUUGCGUAUAUAAACAAGAAAGUUUUUGUUUCUUUCUUAUGUGAUAUCGAGGAUUCCCCGGAUAAUACGACUUCAAAUAACAAUGGGAACUCUGAAUUGUCCGAACCUCGUGAAGGUUUGAGAAGGUCACCUACUCCAACAAGAGAAACUUUCAAUGGCAGGAACAAAGGAAAAGAUAGGAUAGAUAUUUUGCAAGACAUGAAGAUUGAAGGGGAAAUUGGAAAUUUGGUAGAUGAAAUCAAUUAUAACUUACCUUUCAAUAUUCACAAUAAUGGCUUGUCGCCAACAGAUGAUGGCAAUGGAUUGGUAUUACGAAAUAUUGGUAAAAUUGAAAAGUUUUUGAUUGGUACAUUAAGAAGUUUAAUGAUUGAUGAAAUGGCUUGGCCUGGAUGGAUAGAGCUUGAUUUUAAUGAAGUAGUAGUAGAAGAAGAAGAAGAAGAAGAAGAAGAAGAAGAGGGUCCACCAAACGAAGGAGAAGAAGAGGACGGUGAUGAUAAGUACGACAAAGAAAAACAGCAUGAAGUGGUAUCCGAGGGGAUCCUGAGUUCUUCAGAGUUUGGCACUAAUAAAGGUUCUGAAACAGUUGGGUUGACUAGACCUGUCAGCCGUACCAGGCGUUUAAGUCAGAGGGAUAGCUACAGAUCAAGCUCACAGUUCGAUGAGUCUUCACUUUAUUCAUCAGAUAGCUAUUUUAGCAGUGAUGACGGUCUUUGA